AUGGACGGGUCAAGAAGAUCGUCCAUCCCAGCAUCCGAGGUGCAAAGGCACAAUCAGGUCAAUGAUUGCUGGAUUGUGGUCGAUGGGAAAGUCUACGAUAUGACCCGUUUUGCGCCUGAGCAUCCAGGAGGUUCAGAUAUCAUUUAUGCUUACGCUGGCAGGGAUGCUUCCCAGGCCUAUGGCGAGGUGCACGAGCCGAAGCUGAUCACCGCUACACUGUUGCCGCAAGAACAGCUUGGGCAGCUCGAUCCAGCUACGAAGCUACCUUCUGGCGUCGCUGGCGCGAGGAGCAAAGCGCCUCAACGCACAGAGAGAAAGCCGCCGUUGAAUGCAUUGAUCAAUCUGCAGGAUUUCGAAGACGCUGCCAGACAAUCAAUCUCCAAGAAGAGUUGGGCCUUCAUCUCAGGAGCAUCAAACGACAACAUUACGCGCGACGCCAAUCAGAGGCUUUUGCAAAGAAUAUGGUUUCGACCUCGGAUCUUGAGAAAUGUGGCGACAGUGUCCACCAAGGGCACCAUGCUUGACUGCAACGUUUCCCUUCCAAUUUUCAUUUCGCCAGCCGGACUGGGCAAGACCGGAGGACCAGAGGGCGAGGUUGCCUUGAGUCGAGGAGCAGCUGAAACAGGCAUCUUGCAAAUGAUAUCCACAAACGCUUCCUUUCCAUUGACCGAGAUCCUGGAAGCUGCACCUCAGGACCAACCCUUCUUCUUUCAACUAUACAUCAACAAGGACCGAAGCAAGACCGAGGAGUUACUCCGUCUCGUCAACUCGAAGCCGCAGAUCAAAGCCAUCUUCGUCACCGUUGAUCUCCCCGUCGUGUCAAAAAGAGAGGCCGACGAACGGCUGAAGCUCGAAACGUUUCAGGCCAGCGGCUUGAGCGGCUCUACUGCGACGAGCGGCAGCCAAACGUCUGGUCUCGCUCGGAAUGUAGGGUCCUUCAUCGACCCUAGUUUUUGUUGGGACGACCUCGUAUGGCUGCGGCAGCAGACCAAGCUGCCCCUGGUUUUGAAAGGAGUACAGUCAGCAGCAGACGCCCGCAUUGCCAUGCAAGUAGGCUGUCAAGGAGUCAUGGUCAGCAACCAUGGAGGAAGGGCUCUGGAUGGGGCGCCGGCAUCAAUUCUUGUCCUUCUGGAACUGCACAAGGAAUGUCCCGAAGUGUUCGACCAUAUGGAAGUCUUCAUCGACGGCGGCUUCAGAAGGGGCUCGGAUGUCCUCAAGGCUCUCUGCUUGGGCGCAAGCGGUGUCGGCAUGGGUAGGCCCUUUAUGUACGCGCUCAACUACGGCAAAGAAGGUGUAGUACAUCUGGUGAACAUCCUCAAAGAAGAAGUAAUCACAGCCAUGCAACUCGCUGGGCUCCAGAGCCUCGAAGACGCCGACCCUGCACUGAUCAACACAGGUGAAGUUGACCCUCUUGUGCCGCAAGGCUCCCGUCAUCCAUAUGUGCGCAAGGCCCCUCGGGUCCGACGGGCAUUUCGUUUGUGA